AGUUUGUUGGUCGUUGUUGUCUUCAUCCUUCUUCUCUCUUCUAUCAUAUAAAGGAAGCAACAUUUGUGCCUUCUCUUUCCCUCACCUCUCCACGCAAUUCUAAUUCCUGCCUUUCUCAAUAUUGAGCUCCGACAUGAACUCCGACAACAAUCGAGCUGCUCUUGUAACGGAUUUUUGGCCGGAGUUCGUUGCAAGCAGUUGGGGUAAAGAAUUUGUCGCCGGCGGGUUCGGUGGCGUCGCCGGCGUUAUCUCCGGCCACCCACUAGAUACUCUUCGUAUCAGGCAACAACAAUCCGUUUCUGGGUCUGCUUUCAAAAUUUUUCGUAAUAUCAUUGCUAAUGAUGGCCCCGUCGGUCUUUAUAGAGGCAUGUCUGCUCCAUUCGCCUCUAUCACUUUUCAGAACGCGGCCGUGUUUCAAAUCUACGCGAUUCUUUCUCGAGCAUUCACCUCCUCGUCGGCUCAAUCCAACGGCGACCCACCAAGCUACAAGGCAGUAGCAAUGGGAGGAUUUGGCACCGGAGCACUACAGAGCUUCUUCCUAACGCCGGUGGAGCUGGUGAAGAUCCGCCUACAAUUACAGACAUCAACCCAACAACCAAUUUCUUCUUCAUCAUCAUCUCACAAAGGCCCAUUAAGCGUCGCCAAAAGCAUCUACAAAACAGAGGGAUUAAGAGGCAUUUACAGAGGACUUACCAUAACCAUGCUCCGAGACGCCCCUGCCCAUGCCGUCUAUUUCUGGACCUAUGAGUGCAUGAGGGAGCAGUUUCAACCCGGCUGCCGGAGCUCCGGGGAAGAGAGAUUCAGCACGGCGUUGGUCGCCGGAGGGCUCGCCGGAGUUGCCAGCUGGGUUUUUUGUUAUCCGUUGGAUGUGUUGAAGACAAGAAUUCAAGCUCCGACACAAAGGUUGUCGCCGAGGUAUAAGGGAAUUGUGGAUUGUGUUAGCAAGAGUGUUAGGGAAGAGGGUUAUAGAGUGCUGUGGCGAGGCCUGGAGACGGCUGUUGCUAGAGCUUUUGUGGUGAAUGGGGCCAUUUUUAGUGCUUAUGGGUUAACUUUGAGGUGUUUAUUUAGUAAUGGAAGCAAUUAGAUAGAACAGUAAGGGUUUGAUUGCCUACUAACACCCUUUGAUUUCUUGUUUUUCAUGUUAUUGAUCACUUUUGUGACAUCUAAUAACGUAGCAAAUAUGGGUAUGGGUUAGAUUUAUACGAACUAUUUGAUAUCUAAAUGGUC